GACUCUCUGCUGGGCAGGGAGCCCAUGCAAUAUGGGACUUGAUCCCAGGACCCUGGGGCCAUGACCUGAGCUGAAGGCAGACACUUAACCCACUGAGCCACCCAGAGGCCCCAUAACUCACUUCUUGCAUGUACAUUUAGACCCCCAAGGCCUAGUCUAACCCCAGGGCCUAGCCAGGUACAGAGCACCUAGUCGGUGCUUUAUAAAUGCAGAUGGAAAGCAUGAGGGGCGGAAGGAGGAGCUGGACACCUAGGAGUGAGAGGAAGAGUUUUGGGGCUACCUUGAGCACUGCGUUUUUAUGGAUCCCCCCCUCCACACACACACUUGGAUAUUAGAGGCAGGGAUUGAAGGAUCAGGGGCCAAGCUGCCAGCAUCUCCUGGGGGCCCGGUGUCCUAGGAGCUCGUCCAUACCCCAGCAGGAGCCAGAAGGACCCUGCUUGGGGUCACACUUGUCCAUGUAAGUCUAACUGAGCUGCUUGGGCUUGUGGCCCCCAGGGGCUCAAGGACAGUCUGGGUAGGUGUAUAUCUGGGCUCUUCAUUCUAGAGUAUGAGGAAUCUGGGGUCAGGGGUCAGUGGCCCUGGCUAAGCUGUCAAUGUCUCUGGGGCCUCUUUCCUCAUAUGUAAAUGAAGGAUGGUUGCUGUUAAUGGCUAGGCCCUGGUGCUGGUUCACCCCCUUGGCCCUGGACCCAGGGCUGCUCCCCUGGGGUGGGUGGCAGUGGCAGGACUCUGCAGGAGCUCAGGUGGGCCCUCUUCCUUGGGACUCCUUGAGCAGGAGCCCUGAACUCUGAACCCAGAGACAGCUCCCCCCAAACUGGGAUGCUGCCCUGCCCAUCCCCCAUAGUUUCUCAUGUCCGUAGUUGGGUGCCAAACCUGCCGGGAGGUGGGGUGAGGGCACAUGUUGGGUAUCUGCAGCUAAUACAGGGCUGGGCACUCGGGGCUUGGUCAGCAAAGGUCAGAAAUUGAGUUCUGGGUUAGUUGUCUCCCCUGGUCUCAGUUUCCUUGUCUGGUAGGUGGGACUCAUCAUACUUAUCUCUAGGGAGGGCCAGGCUCUGAUGGACUGCCCAGGAAUGAAAUGAGAUUCCUCCACCCUCCAGGGGUGGAGGACUGUGUCUUUGGAACAAGCAGGGUGCUGGGGAGCCCCAGGGCUGCAGACAGGCUGUGUGACCUUGAGCAGGUCACUUAACUGCUCUGGGUUUUGAUUACCCUAAGGGGCUUGGACUUGCAAGCUCCUGCCUGUUGGGCCUAAGUCACAGGGGUCUGUAGGCUCAGGCUUCAUCUGAAGUACGGCCUGGGGGCUUCGGGGGCAAGAAGGUGGGCCUCCUGCCUGGGUAGCAGUUGUGCACCUCUCCCAGCUGCUGCUUCCUGGAAACCCUCCAUGGUCUAACUGCCCACCCUGCCCCUCAGCAGGUGGAGAUAAGCUCCUGCGGUUCCUUACUCUGCGCGUGUGCGGAGCUCAGACCCUCGUUAGAAACCUGCUCGUCCUAGACUCUCCCCAAGUUGGCCCAAGAUUUGUGCCCAACAGGGUAGGGGGAGCAGAGUGGAUUAGAAUGUGGUCAGAAGGGGGCUCAGGGAUGUUGCUGUGUGGUCGUGCGGAAUGGGUGGAUUGGGGCCGAUGGGGUGCCUAGCACAUGAUAGGUCCCCAUUCUGUACGUGUGGGAUUUUCAAGGUGUCGGAUCCUUCUAAUAGGACUGAGCAGGCGGAUGUGAGGCAGGUGCCGUGCUCCCUGCCCGGUACCAGCAUGGAGUGCGAGCCCCCGCCCUCCCAGGCCUGGUGCUGGCUCCCAGGGGAGACGCAGGGCUGGAUUCCCUGUCAGGGCUGGGCUGGGCCGGCAGCCCCGGGGCUAAGGCGAGGAGAGGCUGGCUUGGCCGGGUCCACCUGAUUCAGGUGUUCCAACCUCCCUGCCUUCCGUCCUGCACCCGUUCCUGACCUCUCCGCCGGCCUGCACCAUGUUCUCCCACAAGGCACACACCCGUGUCCCCCUUGCUGGAGUGGUCCAGAUUCACCUGCUUCUGCUCCCCAGGGUCCUGCUCUGCUCCGGAGCCUGAUACCCUGUUCUCCUGUGUGACAGAUAUGACACCGUUGUCCCAUUCUGGAACCUCCCUUCCCGCCCUGGGGAUAACUGCUCCUCAGACCUCCAGGCUGGCUCUGUGGCCCUGGGCUCCUCUGUGUUUCCUCCCCCAGUGUGGCCUCUGACUACAGCUGCUCCCUCUGGCCCGGUACCUCCCCUCGGCCCCCUUUACGCCUAUACAGGACAUGCCACUCCCCAGACCGCCUCAGCCACCCUUUCCCUCCCCCGAAAGCCUCCCCCCAAGUUCCUUAUUCCCAUCGCAGGCACCAUUUCAUUAUGUCAGGUAAUUACUGUAGUUUUGUUGCUUUUUUUUUUUUUUCUGUCACCCUCUCCAGCCCCCGGUUCCUGCCACAAUUACCCCGUCAGAGGCUUUUGUGUCUCUCCCCUCUGCACAUCCCUGCCUGGCUUAUGCAACAGCCUUGGAUGGAACCCCCCCAUCCCCGCCACUACCCUCCCCCACUCCCCCUCAGGCACUGGCUCAAACUUCCUCAAACCCCAUCUGCAUCCUGCCUCACUUCUCCAAAACCACCAUUCAUCCCCUUUCAUCCCAUCUGGAUUUCUCUGGGUGACAGGUCACAUGAUGCAAUAGGGCUGGGACUCUGGGUUCUGUUCCCACCCUGCCACUUCUUUGCUACAUGUUCCGGUCAGGUCGCCAUCCCUCUCUGAACCCCGGGCGCUUCAUUAUCCAGACCGGGCUGGGGAGAGCAUCUCCCUGCAGCGGCAUCGUGAGGGUUUGGAGCUGAAGACGCAGCCCCUCUGUCCGCUUCACCUGGCUGGGCUUGCAGGCCUGGCUGGGAGCCAAUGGGUGAAACCUUUCCUGGGACUCCCUGGGGGCCCCCGGAUGGGAGUCAGUUGGCUGUCAGCUUCUGUGCCCUCAGGGCUUACCGGAAUGCCUGUGGGUGCAGGGGUGUGAGUCUGAACAGGGCCCCUGAGCUAUGGCACUGCCCCGUCGACCAGAUGAGCUCCCCGAGCAGAGGCCAGCCCCACCCAGACGAGGGCCACCCACCGCCCCUCGAAGCUGUCCCGGUCCCCUGGAAGAGCGUGGGCCCCUGCAAAAGCCACAGGGAGUCCCCAGGAGGCCUGGCGGAGACCCCUGGAGGGGAGGAGGCCCAGGGUGAGGAGGGCCCUGCGGCCGGCCAGCUGGACGUGUUGCGUCUGCGAAGCUCUUCCAUGGAGAUCCGGGAGAAGGGCUCCGAGUUCCUGAAGGAGGAGCUGCACAAAGCCCAGAAGGAGCUGAAGCUGAAGGACGAGGAGUGUGAGCGACUGUCCAAGGUGCGGGAGCAGCUGGAACGGGAGCUGGAGGAGCUGACGGCCAGCCUGUUCGAGGAAGCCCACAAGAUGGUGCGGGAAGCCAACAUGAAACAGGCAGCGUCGGAAAAGCAGCUGAAAGAGGCGCGGGGCAAGAUCGACAUGCUGCAGGCAGAGGUGAGUGCCUUGAAGACACUGGUCCUCACGUCCACUCCAGCCUCUCCCAACCGCGAGCUCCACCCACAGCUGCUGAGCCCCACCAAGGCCGGACCCCGCAAGGGACACUUGCGUCACAAGAGCACCAGCAGCGCCCUCUGCCCCGCUGUGUGUCCCGCGGCUGGACAUACCCUCACCCCGGACAAGGAGGGCAAAGAGGUGGACACAACCCUGUUUGCAGAAUUCCAGGCCUGGCGGGAGUCACCUACCCUGGACAAGACCUGCCCCUUCCUCGACAGGGUCUACCGGGAGGAUGUGGGCCCCUGUCUGGACUUCACCAUGCAGGAGCUGUCGGCGUUGGUGCGCGCCGCCGUGGAGGACAACACGCUCACCAUCGAGCCGGUGGCUUCGCAGACGCUGCCCGCGGUGAAGGUGGCCACGGUUGCGUGUGGCAGCACCAAUACCUGUGCCCUGAGCGGGCUGGCUCGUGCCUGUCGCCACCGAAUCCGGCUUGGGGACUCCGAGAGCCACUACUAUAUCUCGCCGUCCUCCCGGGCCAGGAUCACCGCAGUGUGCAACUUCUUCACUUACGUCCGCUACAUCCAGCAAGGCCUGGUGCGGCAGGAAGCGGAGCCGAUGUUUUGGGAGAUCACAAGGCUGCGGAAGGAGAUGUCGCUGGCCAAGCUCGGCUUCUUCCCCCAGGAGGCCUAGGGCGUGGCCCGGGCCUAGAGAGGGGCUCUGAGCAGCAGCCGACACCUGCCCCAGCACAGACAGACAGGAAGACAGGGUCCUGGAGCCAGCACUGAGCCAGAAGCUGAGCAGAUGGACAAAUGGCCAGGCCGUGGACGCCUUCCUGAGCUGGUACCAAACCUUCAUCCCAGGACAGACAGGACCUCAUAAGCUGACCCCUCUCUCUUCACCAGUGGCCCAACAGCCAUCAGGAGACUUUCAAGAAAGCACCAAAGACCAAGGAGCUUGGACUCAUAGUCAGGGGCUCAGCCCUUGGGAGGGGGUACCUGGGGCAACACCUCCUUUGCAGGCCUGGGAGCUGCUGCUCGCAGGUGCCUUGUUGCUGCCACAUCCUCAGAAAGGGGCCAUGGUGGGUGGCCUGACUUCCAGGGUAUCCCCCCCAACCUCCGUUCCCAAGCCCUGGGCCACCAGCACCCUCUUGUGGCCAUCCCUCACCCAUUCCCAGGCCGCCUCCCUGUCGGACCGGCCCCCAGCGGGCCAGCUGUCUCCAGUGUCCGAGGGGCGGUGGGGCCACAACGGGCUGUCAGGGACUCGCACACCAACCUGUAUCUGCUUGAGAACUGCCCCCAAACUGUUCUUAAGAUGGAUCAGGGCCCCUCCUCCAUGCACUUGACCUUCCCCCCCCCCACCCGAGCCCUGUGCUUCAGGAGGCCCUGCCCCCACCACCGCUGGAAGGAUUAGGGUACUCUUCUCCCAAAGUGCAGCACAGGCAGGGCCUCGGGGCCCCGGGUCUGUGUUCCGCUGUGGGCGGCCAUUCAGACAGUGGGGGCUGAGACCGCUGAGCCCUGCACACACAGGACUGGGGUAGGGUGGGCAGGACCCAGGCCCUCCUCACCCCUCACAGCCCACUUGGGACUGGGGUCCAACCUGGAUACAUCCCUCAGCACAGCUGAUUUUCUCCUUUGAGUGGAAUGUGACCCGAUCUCUAUUUAAUAAAGGAAGGCUUUGUUGGUA